AUGAAUAUCACCAAAGAAACAGAAAUUGCGGAUAAUAGCAGCCCCCGAGACCCUGACUACACAGACUUGGCUUCUAUGAGCAUGACAGCCUCUCUGCUGCGGAGCUUAAGCUCAACUUUGACUAGACUUCCUUCCACAACAGCCCGCAGAGGGCUGAUUGUGGCCAAGGCAGCAAGAGCUGAUGAAGGACAGAAGGCCAGAUGGGAACUGAAGCAAGAGAGCAGCAAUAGGAGGAGGGAGCUGAUUUUUGUUGCUACAGCAGCAGUUGCUUUCUCCGUUGCAAACAUUGCCAUGGGUGAAGAGCCAAAGACUGGGACCCCUGAAGCUAAGAAAAAGUAUGCUCCUGUUUGUGUGACAAUGCCUACAGCUAGCAUCUGCCGCAAGUGAGAAUCUGAUGUUUCUCUAAAUUUAAUGUCGAUUUUAAUUUGAAAUUCGUGUAAAAGUUGCGUGGAAACUUGUAUCUUGUUAUUGGAGAAUCCAUGUCAUACUCUUCUUUCUUCUCCUUCUACUCUACAUUCACCAAAUAGUCGUAUAUCUCUAGACUGACUAAACUUCCAGUUCAACUAUCUUUUGGGUUGAAAUCAAUUUGUGGGAAUAAUUAAAAUGAACCAAAUUCAUCGGUAGAGUUGGUACCGAGUGCCGUUAAAAAAAUUGUGAAGAAACUCUAGCUCAAAGGGUGGAGUAAUAAUAGCCAAAAACGAAUGAUACGGAACUUGGAAACGCGACAGUUUUGUGUCAUAUAGCUUGUUUUCUUUGAUGUUGAUCAAUCACUGUCCAAGUCAAUGGAUGUUCUAUCAAAUUUCGCAUUUGAAUCAGCCAUUCAUAUAUGUGUUGUGGCAUCUCUGUUAAACAUAAUUUGGAUAACCUUCAUAAUUACAAUUAAUUUUUGUGGAUCCUAAUAAGAUUUGACAAGCAGAAGUCAGCACCAUUCUGUCAGAAACAGAUAGAAGACACCAAAAUCACCCCUCGGAUAUAAAAGAAUGAAGUUCAUGACUUCCAUGUCAAGUCAAAUUUAUAGACGAUAAAUAUCAAUUUAACUUUCAUUUUGUAAUUAGAAAUAUCAAGAUAUUUCUGACACAUGAGAAAUUACUAGCCGAUUUGCUCUCCACUCUUAAAGCUAUAGUUCAUUAAGUCUAACAAGAAAUAUCUAAAGUCACUG